AUGGGGGUUUUAAUCUCCGCCAAUGAGAAAACUGAAGAGAAAAUUCAAGUGAGGAUAUUUCGCGACGCCUGCUUUAGUUUGAAGUACCCCGGAUUCCCAACUCGUCUGGAAGAGAAUGAGAUUGUUUAUGUCGAAUUAGAAGCCAUCGAUGAUUAUCAUGUCGCUAUUCCUGAGGAGUGUUACGUGAGUGCCAACAAGAAACACGACCAUUGCCCCACACAAGGAUAUCAACUGAUCAGCGAUUAUUGCCCGCGAGCUCUUCACUGUGACUACUUACCGACAAGCAACAAGUCCAUACGAUUUCAAUUCUCCAAUGUCCAGUUCUUUGGCCCGAAGAAACAAUUCAUAUAUCUCCAUUGCAAAAUGACAACAUGUCGGACGCCAUUGGUGCCCAAGCCACACAGGUUCAACUGUGGAACACAAGCGCUACAUUGUCCACAACGAAAGGAUAGCCACGUGACUGUGGGUCUCUUUGUGUCGUGGCCGACUAAAGCUAAGUGCAAUCAAUCGGAUCCGGGUCCAACAACCAGGGCAAAUAACACAAGACAAGGAGAAAUUCAAGUCGGAAUAUUUUCAAACAACUCCUUCACCAAAGAGUUUGAGUACAUCAGAUUUCCCAUUCAUUUGGACGUAAACUCAAAUGUUUUCGUCAAGGUGGAAGCAACGGAAAAGGGCCAAAUAGCUAUUCCGAAAGAAUGUCAUGUGAGUGCAUUUAAGAACUAUAACCACAAUCCAGUGCUGGAAUACGGACUCAUCGAAGAUUUCUGUCCGGACAAGAAUGAACUUAGCUACCUUGAAUCAAAUGCAGUGAGCCAGGCCGUAAGAUUCAAAUUCCCCAUAAGGCAGUACUUUGGGAUUGCAGAACAAUUCCUGUUCAUCCACUUCAAGGUUACCAUAUGUCGGAGAAAGCAGCCACCGAAAAUGACAGCAAUCAACUGCAAGACGCUGGCACAGUUCUGUCCCCACCGGCGAGAGGAAACUAUUAUGACAGUGGGUCCAUUUGUGGUUUUACCAGAGGAAGGUAAACAAGAUAAAGAGAUCAGAUUAACAAAUGGCAAAAUUUACACGAAUGAAGUAGAUCAAGAUGAAGUGCGUGUCAAACUCUUUGACAGCAGCUGUUUUUCUCAAGAGUACCCCAAGUUCCCAAUUCAUUUAGGGAUGUGCAGCUAUGUUUACAUAGAAGUUGAAGCUACCCUGGUAGAACAUGUAGUUAUUCCCAAGAAAUGCCGGUUGAGUCGCUCCAAAAACUUCACUGAUCACCUUUCCACGAAAGGCUAUACAUUACUGGAAGACAGUUGUCCGUUAGGUUUAGAGUUUGAUUAUCUACCAACACGCAACAGGGCCGUACGGUUCCGAUUUACUUUUGACCAUUUCUAUGCAUCUGCGAAGGAAUGUCUUUACCUUCAUUGUUUAAUGAUCACGUGUCAAAGGAAAGAAGUGCCCAGGAUGAUGCGCUUUAAUUGUCUGACGCAAACACAGUACUGUCCACACCACAGAGAAAAUGAAGUAACCAAGGGCCCGUUUAUGGUGUGGCCGGAAGAAUGCAACCAGGGAGAAGAGAGUCUGGACAAGAAAACUGUUAAUUCUAAUGAAUUUAAGGGAGCAAAUAGUUCAAUCUUUGGAGAAGUUCAAGUGGAAUUAUUUUCGAACUAUUCCUUCACCGAGGACGUCAAGUACAACAGAUUCCCUAUCCAUUUGGACUUGAGCUCCCUCGUCUUCGUUGAAGUAGAAGCCAUCUGGCAGGAACUUGUAGCCAUUCCCAAAGAGUGUCACGUGACUGCAUACAAGAACUGCUCAGAUCACCAUCCUAACUUGGGAUAUAAACUCAUUUUUGAUUACUGCCCUAAUGAUUUAGAAGUUGACUACCUCCGAUCACCCACGGGAAGCCGGGCUGUGCGAUUCAAGUUUCCUAUAAGACAGUUCUUCGGGAUAGACGAACAAUUCCUUUACCUCCAUUGUAAAAUGACCACGUGCAAGAGGAAGGAGCCAGCCAUGUUAACUGCGUUUAACUGCCUGACGCAGUCUCAGUACUGUCCUCUCCGAGAAGACUUCGACGUCUCAGUGGGACCCUUCGUAGUUUGGCCAGUAGGAAUUAAACGGGAUCGGGAAAUCAAAGAAAACGCAGCCAAACCUACGGAACAGGAAGCUUCAUCGGAAUUUUCGAGCACAAACACAGAUGAAAGUGAGUUAGUGUGUCUGACCUACACGGAAGUUAUCAUGUCAAUACUCGGCCCACUUGUCGCUCUUGGUUUGAUGAUCGCACUCCUCGCAAUCCUCAGGAAGUCUUGCAUAAAAGGAAGGCGGGAAAUAGAGACGGCAGUGGAAAUGGAACAAGUGUAA